GCAAGGCGUAGUUGGAAAAUAUACCAAUGUCGGCGAAAAAGACUUCGAUUCCUGGUGCACAAAGAGACAAGCGUUAUGUUGAAAAGCUAAAAGAAAGCAACAAAUACGACGAGUACAAAAAGAAAAAGGCCGAAGCAAUGAAAAAAUUGAGGGCUAACAGAAAAGAGGAAGAAAAACUAAUGCCAAUAAGUGAAUUGGGAAAGACGAUUUCUAUGCGCCGUGCUGCUGGCCGCAAAAGAAGCAAAAAAUAUCGACAGAAAUUAAAACAAUCAGCUAAAGACACCCAAAUUGAGCCUGCAGCCUUAGCGAAAUCAUUCAGAAAAGCUACAGGUGCUCACAAACAUUAG